GUAGACUUCUCGGUAUUUGGGGAAGAGAGUCGCGAACGAAGACUCUUCAGCAAAAGUGCCUCCGACAUUGUCCUUUGGGGUGAAGACAUCGACCUUCCACUUGUCAAUGUCGUCCGUAUCCCACGGCUUCUCCUUCUUGUGAGUAGAGGGCAUGUUGGCCGUGUAAUUGCGAGGAUGAGGUUGAAGAAAAGAUGGAGACGCAGAGACAAGUGGGGCCACUUGGCUCCAUGUGGGGGAUGGGAAGACCCCUGCCGUGAGCCAAUCAGGACGCUAGCUGAGCCGGCGACUCUCGAAAUUCUCCAGCUCACAAAACACCAUCAACGUCGAAACGCCGAGUCGCAAGAUCCCGCCGAAUUCAACACAGCAGCCAUCAUGUCCAAGGGUCGAGCCGCCGGAGGUGUUGAUCAGAUUGUCAAGCUGAUCGUGGGGGCCGGACAGGCCAGUCCUAGUCCUCCCGUCGGUCCUGCGCUGGGUUCCAAGGGUGUCAAGUCAAUGGACUUUUGCAAGGAGUUCAACGCCCGAACUGCGCACAUCACUACCGGUACACCAAUGCCCUGCCGAGUCGUCGUCCGCCCCGACCGAUCAUUCACCUUCGACGUCCGAACACCGCACACAUCGUGGCUGCUCCUCAACGCCGCCGAUGCACCCGUCAAGAAGGGAAGCCGAAAGGGUGCCAGCAACCCUGGCCACGAAACGGUCGGCAGCAUCAGCCUGAAGCACGUUUACGAGAUUGCCAAGAUCAAGCAGACUGAGCUACGACUCUCUGGUUUGUCCCUGGAGGGACUUUGCAGGUCAAUCAUCUUCCAGGCAAAGUCUAUAGGCAUUAAUGUCGUGCCUUGA